GAUAACGGAGGCCAUGUAAGGAAUAUCCUUUCUAUCCGGUCCAGCUCUGUGCUCUGAAUCCUCUGCAGUCUGCAUCAGCAAAGUGUCUCGGCAUCACUUCUCGUCCUUCCUGGCGUCAUGUGAAAGAGGGUUCACGGUGGUCUCUCUCGCCCUGGACCGGACCCUCCUUCUCUCCUCCCCCUCCCCACACUGUCGAGCUCCCUCGUCAGUGCCGACGUCCUCGCUCAGGUAGACCCGGUGGGGUGGUGUCCCUGUCCCCGCUGUCCCCGGUUUAUCCUGCAGCCUUCCUCGGCGUGCGGCGGAGCGGAGGAUGAGCGAGCAGGGGAAGGGCUCGGCGUCCGCCUCUGCCGCGGCCCCGGCACCAGGGUCGGACACCUACAAAGGCUGGCUCUUUAAAUGGACCAACUACCUGAAGGGGUACCAGCGGCGGUGGUUUGUGCUCAGCAAUGGCCUGCUUUCAUAUUACAGGACGCAGGCAGAGAUGGCCCAUACGUGUCGUGGAACAAUCAACCUGGCCACGGCGCACAUCGACACAGAGGACGCCUGCAACAUUGUUCUGAGCAGCGGCGGCCGCACGUACCACCUGAAGGCUAGCACGGAGGUGGAGCGACAGAGAUGGGUCACCGCGCUGGAGUUGGCCAAAGCUAAAGCCAUCCGCAUGAUGAACGAUCAGUCUGAUGACUCUGGGGACGAGGAGCCUACAUCCCAGUCGGACCGGAGCGAGAUUCAGGGCACCCUAAAGAUACUUGUCAGCAAGCUUGAUGACCUCAGCACAUGUAAUGACCUGAUCGCCAAGCAUGGGGCGGCCCUGCAGCGUUCCCUGAGUGAGCUCGAGGGUCUGAAAGUCCCUGUGGAGGGAGGGGAGAAGAUCAAGGCAGUCAAUGAGCGAGCCACACUCUUCCGCAUCACUUCCAAUGCUAUGAUCAAUGCGUGUCGAGACUUCUUGGACCUAGCAGAGACUCACAGUAGGAGAUGGCAGCGGGCGCUGCAGUAUGAGCGAGAGCAGCGUACCCACCUAGAGGAGACCAUUGAGCAGCUAGCCAAGCAGCAUAACAGCCUGGAGCGAGCGUGGAGAGAAGCACCCACGCUUGUUUCUACCGCACCUAGUGCCCCUACCACCAACAAGGGGAGUGAGAGGCUGCGCAAAGAAGAGGCAAGUGAUGAAGAUGAGGAUACUGAGUACUUUGAUGCCAUGGAGGAUUCCCCUGCAUUUAUCACAGUGACUGCCACUGAAAACACACAGCACAGGCGAUCUCAGAGUAAUUUGAGUGGAGCGAGCGGAGGUCAGCCCAGUGACUGGAACCAGGACGACCAUAUGUCUCCAAGCUAUAAUGAUGUGUCAGGGAAGGAGCUGCAGCCCCGCAGACAGAGGCGGACUCAUGUCCCAGACAAGCCCAACUACUCCCUCAAUUUGUGGAGCAUAAUGAAGAACUGUAUUGGCAAGGAGCUCUCCAAAAUUCCCAUGCCUGUAAACUUCAACGAGCCUCUGUCAAUGCUGCAGCGACUCACUGAAGACCUGGAGUACCAUGAGCUCCUGGACAAGGCGGCGCGCUGCGACUCCUCCCUGGAGCAGAUGUGCCUGGUCGCUGCCUUCUCCGUCUCGUCCUACUCCACCACGGUACACCGGACAGCCAAGCCCUUCAACCCCCUCCUGGGCGAGACCUACGAGCUCGAUCGCCUGGAGGACUUUGGUUACCGCUCGCUGUGUGAGCAGGUGAGCCAUCACCCUCCUGCAGCUGCACAUCAUGUGAUUUCCCAACGAGGCUGGACCCUGUGGCAGGAAAUCACCAUCGCCAGCAAGUUCCGUGGCAAAUACCUCUCCAUAAUGCCUCUGGGUGCCAUUCAUCUGCAGUUUCAAUCCAGCGGGAACCACUAUGUGUGGAGAAAGGUCACCUCCACAGUGCACAACAUCAUUGUGGGCAAAUUGUGGAUUGAUCAGUCGGGGGACAUUGAGAUUGUGAAUCACAGGACCAAGGAGACCUGCCAACUCAAGUUCUCUCCCUACAGUUAUUUCUCCAGGGACGUUCCACGAAAGGUGACAGGUGUGGUGGCAGACAGUGGGGGUCAGGCUCAUUACAUCCUCUCUGGCACAUGGGAUGAUAAAAUAGAGAGUGCCAAGAUCAUUCAGAGCUCCCGAGGUGGGAGUGGAUCAGAGGGCAAGCAGAAGACGGUCUAUCAGACGUUGUCCCCCAAACUGCUGUGGAAGAAAUAUCCUCUCCCGGAGAACGCUGAGAACAUGUACUACUUCUCAGCGCUGGCACUGACCCUGAAUGAGCAGGAGGAUGGAGUGGGACUGACCGACAGCCGGCUGAGACCAGACCAGAGGCUGAUGGAGGAAGGACGAUGGGAUGAGGCAAACUCAGAAAAACAGAGGCUAGAGGAGAAACAAAGAGCCGUGAGGAGGAGGAGGGAAGCGGAGGCCUCAGACGCUCUGGAUGACGAGUGUGAUUAUGACUCUGGCAGAGAAUACGAAGGCUACCAGCCGUUGUGGUUUCAACAAAGGAGGGACUCAGUCACUGGAGAGACAAACUUUGUGUACAAGGGAGGUUACUGGGAGGCGAAGGAGAGGCAGGACUGGAGCAUGUGUCCUGACAUCUUCUAACCCAGGAACUCAACCCGGAUCACUCCUAACCUCAUCGGACAGGGAACUGCUCUGCCUCUGGUCCUUAAACAAUGGGGCGUAGCUGGCUUAUGAGCACCAUGUGGACCUUUUGUGAGCAUGAGAAUGUGUAUGUUUCACACGCUCUCGGAUUACACUGUACCUCCAAAUGUGCACUCUCAUUCUGUUUUUACUAUGGGGGGAAAAAGAAGGGGCGUUCCCUGAGUAGUCCUCUUUGACACUAUACUGAAACAGGAGUGAUAUAAUGUGGGGAUAUGAGGUGGUGUUGGAGAAAAUAAAGGCACCUGCACACUUCUGAAAUCAGGUGCUCUAAAUCCUACUCACAAUGCACUUUUCUGUGUUCACCCCAUUUGAGAGUUUUACCAAUUAGACAGACACCCACAUCAAAGCAGCUCAUGCUUAUAGACUGACAACUAACAGGCACAUAGAAACAGAACAGUGCUGAAGGUUACAAGAAGUGUCCUCAUCCUCUGUUUUAUUCAGCACAACUUAAAUGAUGCUAGGCCUACUUUAUUAAUCUUAAAUCAGUUCCCUCUGUUUCUUCAUGGGAAUAUUUUCAAGUGCUCAUUAUUUGCCCCUUUUUUAUUAAAGAGGCUAAAGCCUGAAAAUGGUGUCUGGUGUCUAUUAGAUUUUAUUAUUAAUUAUGCAGAAAACAAAGUGUUCAAAAUUAAUUGUAUAAAUAAGACAUUCUGAAAAACACAUUUGUAUAAAUAACUACAGGCAAAAUAAGUAACAUGACCUUGUUUAAGACCUUGUUUCAUGCUGCUUGUUCCGUUUUAGUUUCACUCAGUUUUAUUUUAAUCCUGCAGUUUCUAUAAAUCAACUAUAAUUAUUUCAUUUCAUAAUGCUAUUUGGGAUGUAAGUCCUGAGACAAACAGGGAAGAGUCAGCUAUGAGUGGCGUAUGAAGUAAAACGGUCACUGGAAAAAAUGACAUUGUGAAAUAAAUACACACUUUGGAAAAGGGAUAUUUUUAAAAUAAGAACUGAAAGAAGUAAAACUGAUCUGGAAAUAAAUUAUCAGAAAUUAGCAUGUUGAAAUAACAUAAAAUAUCUUUUUUUAAAUGUAUUGGAUUACUUUACAAUUUUAUAGUUCUGUUUCAUAUUUUGUCUGCAUUUAUUAUUAUAACUCUUUCCUGUAUAAUAUCUCAUUUACUUAUUUAAUUUUCAACACUUUGGCUCUCCAUAAACAACAGCUUAACAUCUCUUUCUUAUACAGUAGAGGCUGAUUUAUCUGAACUGAUGACAGCAGUGCAGAAAUAUAUUUUACUUGUUGUGAAUGUUGGGAGUUUCCCUCUAGAUAUAUGAAAUGGCAGUCUUUUAAGUAGUCAAUUAGACUAUAGUCCAUGUAGAGAUAAUAUGACAGCUUGAGACAUUUAAUUUUUUGAAUAUAAAUUGCCUCUAAGCUUCAAUGCGUUUUAGUCAUCUAAACAUGCUUGAGACAUCUUCCAUUUGUGAUUCUGAUUAGUAAAAUUCUGCAGUAGUCAGUCCUUUAGUUGUGACACAUUAGUGCUACAGUACAACACUGAACAUCCAUGUCACUCUAAUAGGAACCUCCAUUAAAGAACUGAACAAGCACUUUUCACUGUGGUUGACCAUAGGUUAGUACAUAUCUCUGUGUUGAUGUUGAGAAAAUUUCACUCUGUACUUUUUACCUUGUCCUCUGGUGCUCUCCCAUAGCAACACAUACCGUAUCCUUGGUGACCAUUUCCAGUGACAUCAUUCUCAGUAAUCAUACAUAGUAUUAAGUCUGCACCAAAACACUGAGACAUUCAGUAAUUAAUUACCACCAAGUACAGUACAUCCAGGAACAUGUAGGUUUCUAUAAUGUGCAUUGCACUAGCUCCACAUCCUCCUUUACUCACGUUUCCAGUAGAACUACUGUACGUGAGACUAGAGCAGUUUCUCUGAGCGGUCCAGAGUGGCUUCAGCUGACAGGAGGUCAGAGGUUAUAGCAGCAGACAGGGCUGGUUCCUGUGGCUCACCACUGUGCAGUCAGCUCCAGCCACAGGGACUCCCGCAGCUGCCGCUCCUGGCUCAACACAGCCCACGUAUGUGUAGUCCUUUCAUUCAGUGUUUGUGGGCAUGCUGAUCUGGGAUCAGCUCACAAAGGUACCCUCAGUCUUUUGCCUUUAAUUGACUGAACAAGGGAGAGUCCCCGACCUGUGCACUACACGUCUCCGGUGACAAGAGUUUUGAAAACCAGUUAGUAUUUUUUUGUAAUUAUUGUUAGGAAUGUAGAAUUCAAGGCUGGAGGUAUUGUAUCUACCGUCUGGUCUAUUUGUGUGAAUAUUUUGUGAUAAAUGAAUGAUAUUGUAAAAUGAAGAAUAAUUAUACUAAUCUGAGUAUUAAGUUAUCUGUACAGCAUAGUUCAAAUCUGAAAAAAAAAAGACUGAAUGAGCCUGAAGGAUUUGCUGUAAUUUUAACUUUUAAUCCAGAUUGAUUCUGCAAAGAUGGAUGUUAACUCUGAGGCACCCUCAAUUUGGCUGCAGAUUUCUUGUUUUAUAUUUCCAAAAACUGUCUUAACACACUGAAAAUAUUUUUUUAUAGAGUCCUUGAUACUAGCACAUUAGCAACCGUGAUUCAGUGAUGAUUUCAUUGUUCAACACAUCUAACAGUUCCUCUGCUGUGCAGGCCAUAAAGAUCUAUCAAGUGCACUGGAAAAUAAAUAAACUCACAUAGAAUAAUCACAUAGGGAGAUUUUCAGUGUGAUAAUAUGAGCUGGUAAAAUGUUUAUCUGUGAGAUUGUUCGCCAGUGAAUUAAUAAUUUGAUCGUGAAGUUAAUGAUGAUUGAUGCUUCUUUUUGUUUUGCACAAAUAUGCUUCUGCUCUUUUUACAUAAAAUCUUUUAAUGCAUUUUUGAUUUGUGGUUGUCACGAGCACAGUUUGAUUAAUCACUAAAUCUCUUGUGCAGGAUGACAUGCUUAAAGAGAUUUUUGGAAAUGCAUGUAUGCUUUUUCUAGCUCAGAAGGCUGAUACCUCUCUAAUGUGUUUACAGUAAAUAUGAAGCUGGAGCCAGCAGCUGGGUAGCUUAGCUUUGUAUCAAGACUGGAAACAGGGAGAAACUGAUAGCCCUGGCGCUGUAACAAAAACUGCCAACCAGCACCUCUAAAGUCAUAAUUAUUACUGGGUUUUUACAAAUUACACGAACAAGAGCAUGUUUAUUAGUGAGCUUUAGAGAUGCUGGUAGGUGGAAUUUUCUACCUUCAGACAGAACCAGUCUAGCUGUUUCCCUUUGUAUCCAGUAUUUAAACUAAGCUAAGCUAACCGGCUGCUGGCUUUAACCUAAUGUUGAACAAACAAACAGGAGCGUGGUAUCAAUUUUUCAAAGUGUGUUUCCCAAAAUGUCUAUAACUAUUCCUCUGAUUUACUACUGCUCUGGUUCUCCUCUUGUCUUUCCACUCCACAUAGAUACAAACUAUUGGUAGAAGAGGUCGUGUCCACUUAAAAUCAUAUCAAGGGUGUCACAUAUAAGGAUGGACACUGUUUAAUCCUGUAUGGUCAUGCACAGUCGUGACACCUGAACGAACACAGAUCACCGCUGAAUGGUGGUGAAGAACGUUUAGUCUGUGAUUUCCUUUCUCAGUGAUCAAUUUGAGGUUACUAGAGAUUUACUUUAAUAUACUGUUUUUGAGAUGAUUUUAUAUUUGAGAGUACAUGUUAUAUUUUGAAUGAUAGUGGAGAGCUCAUCAUACGUUUUAAUCAAUGUAUUUCCAAAUAACGUGACCUCAGUACUCGCCUACUGAAGUUGCCUCAGUGAGGGCCUGUACAGUAUAUCGGACAGCUGUAGCAAUAACGCAGCGAGGUGUAGAUUUGUCACUUCAUGGCUGUUGUUGCUUCAAACAGAACAGCUGUCGGCCUCAUGCAGAAAGGGAAAAAAACAACCAACCAAAGUGUAUGUGGAGAGUGUACUGUAGAGUAAAAAAAAAAACCCUCUUCAUCUGCCUUCCCAGUCUCAGAGGGUUCUAAUGUAACCCCCCUUUCCUCAUUUCUCUCAUUUCAGCUCAACCAACUCUUAAUUCACUACGGUGUGAUUUUAAUCUUUUAAUUUUUAUGCUUUUAUUUACUGUUCUGAUUUCUACCUUCUCACGGGUGCCAUUAUUCUUACGUUGGUGUUUUCAUACUGUUUGUAUGCGUGAUGAGCUUGAUUUGUGUGCGUGUGCGGCACACAUUUCCAUCUCAUUUGAUGCUGCUCAGUUUUGAGGCAGAACUAAUGAAGCUGGGGAGUUGUCUUGCCUUGUCUAAACUGAACCCCGCUUCUCUUUGGACUGUGCCUCGCGGCUCUGUCGUGAGAUGGUGGUGAUGUUAAUAAUCUGUAUGAUGAUGAAAGUUAUGAGACAAAUCACAACAGCGGCCUGGUACAGGAGGUCAAAGGUGAUUGACCUGCCUUGACUACUCUUACUCCCCAAAUACGCGCAGGUGUAUUCAGGUGUAACUGCGGAUUCAACUGAGGUUUUGCUUCUGUUUUUUUUUUUAAAUUGUGUAUUUUCUCCCUUAAUUUAUACUUGUAUAACAUUGUCUUUAAACAACAAAGACACAAUAAUGAAAAAAGAAGAUAAUAAAGUUGUUAUUGUUGACAGUGGA